AUGUCCCGAACACGCCAGCCAAUAGUGUCAUCCUCUUUCCAGAUCGCUGAGCCACGAGAAUCAUCAGCCCGUCUUCCAGCGACCCUUAGAUUACGAGCCGAGGAAGCCCCAACUAACACCAGCGAAGAGUCCUCGUCCUCUCGGCGAAUCAGAUGGAGCGAGGACGUCGUGGAUAACGAAGGCAUGGGAAAGAAAAGUUCCAAAGUAUGCUGUAUCUACCACAAAGCCCGACCGGUCGGCGAAAGCAGCUCAGAAGAGUCCUCAUCCAGCUCGUCCGACAACGAUAGUGACAGCGGUGACGACCGUCGCACGGCACGGUCUGGCCCGGCCCGCCGCAGGCGCAGCCGAGGACGGGAACUACACAGCGAGCAUACAUCUGAACCUGGCGAAGAAUGUUGCUCCGAAGGUCACGGUCCCAAACAGAAGGCCAAGCGGAGAAAGCCAAGUCCGAAUGCAUAUGAAAAGAUGCCUAAACCGUCGAAGAACCAGAAUCAGAAUCGCCCCCAAGGUACCUGA